AAUUUCUUUACCCACCUUCCUAUGGGUGGUCACCUCCUGCGAAAAACCAAAACUACCCCUGCUUCGGAAGUUCAUUUCCGAAAGCGUGUUUUUUUUAAAAAAUUGACUUACUUCGGAAGUUCAUUUCCGAAACAAUUAUUUCGGAAGUUCACUUCCGAAAUACUGCGAUUUCUGCAGAUUUAUCAAAACACUCCCCCUCCCCCAAUCAUUUACCCUAAAUCAAAACAAAAAGUGGCAGAGGCGAAAAUUUGUGCAAACGGAAUUCCAAAGCUGCAUCAAGGCUCCAAUCACACUGCUAAACAACAUUCAAAAGCCCUCAAUCCUAACACUUUGAACAUGUCAGACAACCAACAAGCACGCAGGACUGCGUCUUCUAAAGAGGGCGCUAAGGGAAGAAAGAGUUCUUCAAAGAAGGAGGUGAAAGAGGUGAAGGAGGUGAAGGAGGUGAAGGAGAAGAAGAAGCUUUUGACUGGUUCUGCUUCUCGUCCCCUGGGAGUCCAUGGCUCGGACGCGCAGGCUCAGCCUUCAGGCGUGAUCAACGCUGAUGGUUCUGAUAAUGAGUGGGAUGAAGAUUGGUAUAAUUAUCUUCAUUCGGAGGAGUUCGCUCGUCAGGAAGAAUAACGUGUUUUUUUUGUUUGAUGUGUAUUUUGUAACGCUCGUCGGGCAGAAUAACAUGUUUUUGUUUUGUUUUGUUCUGAUUUCGGAUUGUAUCGCACAGUGUAUUUGUAUUGGAUUUAUCAUGUUAGUUUUUGGAAGUGGUAACCGGGGUCGGAACAUAUGACGGAUGAGGUGGAUGUCUGGAGGAAGUAGAACUGGAGACACGUCCACCACGAGACAAAGUAGCCAAUCAAUGUAAGCUAUAGUUUAUGAUUAUCAUCUGGGGAGGUCAUUUCUAAAAAAUCAAGAUUAAAAAUAAUAAGAUUUUUUUUCCAAUUUUUUGUAAUGACGUCCCCUGAUGAUAAUGAUAAAUUAUAGCUUACAUUGAUUGGCUCCUUUGUCUCGCGGUGGACGUACCUCCGGGUCUUCUUCCUCCGGACAUCCACCUACUCCGUCAUAUGUUUCGGCUCCGGUUAC